AGAUAAAGAAAUGGAAGAGGCAUUUGGACUGCUGACCGAGGAGUUCAGAAGGUUGAAGAUUGUGUGUGUGAGGCAGGCAGAACUAAUUAAAGAGUUGACUGAGAAGAGGGAAAUAACUGUUGAUCUGCCCUUCACUGUGCCAAUACAAUGCACGGAUGCUGGGAAGCUUGACCAGUCAGAAGGACCCUUUCUCAGACCGCAGCAGAAGAAAGUCCUCCAGGGAGCUGCCUGCAAUGCACUUGCUGAUUCUCGAGAGGUUAUGGGGGACAUGAGCCAAGACGUGGAGUUGAAGUACUGCCCUAAACUUGACAUCAAAUAUCCGUCCUCCAACAAAAAUUAUGACUUUUCGAUGAAUGCAAAUGAAAAAUCACUUCACCUGAAAACUGCUGAUCUAUUGGAAGCUCCAACUAUAGAAAGUGCGGAAGGUUCUGUCAGUAACUUGUACGAUGACUACAGAAACACCUUUAGCUUUGACAAAAUCGGGAGUGUCUCUGAACAGCCACGUGCAAAUAUUCCUGAACCUUUCCUGGGUGGGCGAGUGGUGCUUUCAGGAUCAGACUACCCCUUUAGGGAAAAGGAGUAUUCCGAAACUUUCAGUGAUUCUGAAGCUGCUCUUGUUCCGGGGAGCUUGGACUCAGCUGUUAUUUAUCGUUCCACAGAAUGUGCAUCUGUUAUUUUCAAUUCUCCAGGGAUGAGUCGGCCGCCACAGAGCCCGUGGAGCCCUCAUCAUUUGCCUGAAGAUUGCUGUGCAGGACACGAAGCCACACUGAACUCGGAAUCAAGCCUCACUUCCCAAGUCUGUGAAUUCUGCCAGGCCGUGUUUCCAGCUGGAGCGGCAACCCGAGGUGAUUACUUGGUGCACCUCACUGGACAUAUUGAAUGCGAUUAACCCCUGUGGCGACAUCUUGGGGCAUCUUGCUAACUAACCACUGCAAGAGCAAUGAGCAGAGCAGAACUGGGAUUCGAUGCACACUGGCCUUGUGUGGUGAAGCUGCGCAAUAGUUGGGAUGCAAGAUGCUCAAACUGAACAUAAAGCAUGACAUCGGCAGAUGGGGCUGGAAGUGGGGGAAGAGGUAAUUAAACUAUGUGAGAUGAACAGAAUUUGCUUUGCACAAGGCCACUUUAUACUCUUUGGUAUUGCAGAGAACAGAUGGCUGGAAGAGCGUGCUCCAUAGAAUAAUUUGCAGCAGGAGUGUGUUACCAGGCAGUGACUCAUCAGGGAGGGUUCACAUUACACUGUCAACAAAAAGAGUAGCUUUUCUGUUUCAGACAGAUAAACCUGGAGACAGGUAAAAUGAACCACCAUGACAUUAUAUUAUAUUCCAUUUGACUUCCGCUGCAGUAAUAUAUAUUGUCAUGUUCACUACUAUAUUAUCUUAGAUCGGAGAAUAAGGUAGUGCA